AUGGAGGAUAAAAAUUGUCAACAAUCAACAUUAUUAAGUAAUACCUCACAAAAAACCAUUACAAGUUUCAUAAAAAAGUCGACUAAAACCAGUAAUACUAUUCCACCAAGUGAAACUAAAUUAUCUGAUUUACUUAAAAAAACAAUUUAUGAUUUUGGUGAAUUAUAUAAUUCUUUUGAAAUUAAUGAAAAAUUAUUGAAUGAUGAUGAUGAACAAGUCAACAUUUUUAUAAAAAAUUAUCAACUUCAAAUACAAGAAGAGGAAAAUAAACUUAUUAGUCUGAUGUCUGGUUUAUUGAAAAGAUAUCAUCAAAAGGUUAACAGUAUAGUUAAAGAACGUAAUCAAAAGCUCAAGAAAUCUUUUCCAAAAAAAAAGAUUUUUGCUAUAGUUUCAGCCAUUUCUGCAUCAUCUUCAACACCAGCAUUAACGUCUAAUAAUGAAGUUGUUAAAGAGAUGCCAAAUUAUCAACGAAUGACAAUUCCUGAAUUAAAAUUGGAAGUUGCUAAAUAUGGAAUCAGGCCAUCAUCUAAAGAAAUAAUGAUUAGACAGCUUGUUCACAUUUGGUCAAAAUUAAAUGUCAUCACUGCAUCAAACGGAUCGUCAUCGCCAUCAAUGGAAUAA